GGCCGACUCGCGAAUACAAAUACUGUGUGUGACGUGGCGAUGUUAUAGUCAUCAUUCGACGGUUGUUGGAUACCUACUAUAAAUCGACUGUAAUCUACGUUGGUAUUUGCUUUAGGCAUUAUUCUAUCAUAUCAAUAUGUGGAAAAGACUUUUAAGAUUAUCAUUUGCCAUUUUUACCGUGAUUCUAGCGGUGAAAGGAGAUGAACACAAUCAUGAAUACGCAGACAAGGAAGAGGUGGUGCUGUGGAUGAACACCGUCGGUCCGUACCACAAUCGACAGGAGACCUACAGUUACUUCUCGCUCCCAUUCUGCCGAGGGCCCCAGCAGGGCAUCAGCCAUUACCAUGAAACUCUGGGCGAGGCCUUGCAGGGCGUCGAGCUCGAGUUCAGCGGUCUAGACAUCGAUUAUAAAUUGGAUAAACCCCAGAAUCAGUACUGUGAGAUUGUUGUCACAGAUGAGAUCAUGAGGGCUUUCUCGUACGCAGUCAAGAACCACUACUGGUACCAGAUGUACAUUGAUGAUCUACCCAUCUGGGGGAUCAUCGGAGAGGCUGAUGAAAAUGGCCAGGACUACUACAUCUGGACCCACAAGAAGCUGGACAUUGGGUACAAUAACAACCAGAUCGUGGACGUUAACCUGACCUCCGAGGUCAAGGUCAAGCUUGAGAAGGGGAUCAAGAUUCCCUUCACCUACCAGAUCACGUGGAAGAAGUCAGCCAUCACCUUCAAGAAGCGAUUCGACAAGUACCUUGAUCCCAACUUCUUCCAACACAGGAUCCACUGGUUCUCCAUCUUCAACUCCUUCAUGAUGGUCAUCUUCCUGGUUGGACUGGUCUCCAUGAUCCUCAUGAGGACCCUCAGGAAAGACUACGCCCGUUACAGCAGGGAUGACGAUCUGGAUGAUAUGGAACGUGACCUUGGUGAUGAGUAUGGAUGGAAGCAGGUUCAUGGGGAUGUGUUCAGACCUCCAACCUACCCUACUAUAUUCUCUGCAUUGAUCGGCAAUGGAUAUCACAUGUGUACAGUAGUACUGUCUGUCAUUUUAUUCUGCAUUUGGGGCCAUCUCUACACUGACCGCGGUUCCAUCCUGAGUACAGCCAUCUUUGCCUAUGCUGCUACAGCCCCUGUAAACGGUUACUAUGGAGGAGGACUCUAUUCAAGAAUAGGAGGGAAAUUAUGGAUCAAACAGAUGGUGUUGGGGGCUUUUCUCGUGCCGAUGAGCGUCUGUGGCAUCGCAUUCUUAAUCAACUUCAUUGCUAUGUAUUACCAUGCAUCCAGGGCUAUCCCACUGGGAACAAUGCUUGCAGUGUCGGCCAUCUGUCUGUUUGUGAUCCUACCCCUGAACCUGGUGGGUACCAUCCUGGGCAGGGCGUUGGCCGGUCAACCCAAUCACCCCUGCAGGGUCAACGCAGUGCCACGCCCAAUCCCAGAGAAGAAGUGGUUCAUGGAACCUGCUGUCAUCGUGCUGCUUGGGGGUGUCCUACCAUUCGGCUCCAUCUUUAUUGAAAUGUACUUCAUCUUCACAUCUUUCUGGGCCUACAAGAUCUACUACGUCUUUGGCUUCAUGCUCCUGGUGUUCUUCAUCCUGGCCGUGGUGACGAUAUGCGUGACCAUCGUCUGCACCUACUUCUUACUCAACGCGGAGGACUAUCGCUGGCAGUGGACCAGCUUCCUGGCGGCAGCCUCCACGUGCUUCUAUGUCUACUUGUACAGUUUCUAUUACUUCCUCUUCAAAACAAAAAUGUACGGCUUGUUUCAAACCACGUUUUACUUUGGCUACAUGGCCCUGUUUAGUUUAUCGCUAGGUGUGAUGUGCGGAACGAUCGGCUACGCGGGAACGGGGAUCUUCGUAAGAAAGAUCUACUCCACUGUCAAAAUAGAUUAGAACAGUAAAAUGGAUCGGCCGUCUGGCUUCGUGCAUCAUCUUGAAUCCUAGAUCAAGGGUCGUGUCUGGAUGGGCAGUCGCCGCAAAAGAAAAGUCUUGGAAUAUUGAAUGAGUGGAACAUUAAACGACAAGGGUGGAUAUUGAACUUUUUGAGGCUUAGAGUUUUAUAUAGAACGGUGCAUCCGUUUGGAGCCAGAAUGACGUUAACUUUGUGUUAAACAACAGGAGUUAAUGCCCUUCUGGCUCCAACCAGAUGAGGUGUCGGAAAGAGACCAGGAAAUUUCUUUCAAACGUUAAUUAAUUCAUGGUUGUUCAGAACAAAAUGCCUCGUGUAUUUUCCAAGCAGGCAUGCACGCAUGGAUAUCAAGUGUUCACUGAUGCUAAAUGAAUCCCAGUGUUGUAUCUGGAGAACUUACAUUCGUAGAUAUUCUGAUUGAGCUAGGGAAAGGGGGAUUGAGACCAAUAGAGAACGGAAGAGAAAAGAGAGAGAGAGAGAGAGGAAAUGAUUGAGCCAGUAUGUGUAUCACAAGAUAAAAAGAUUCAUGAAAAUUACAUUUUGUUAUAUUUUAUAAUGUGUGACCAUUUUCACCCCAUAAGCAUAUAGAUAUUUUGAUGUUUCAAUAUAUUUAUUACCAAGAUCGAAGAGGCAUGAAUAGAUGAAGGGACCACUGAAAGUGUCCCCGCAUUUUGAUUCACCAGCCCUUGCAAGAUCUUGAAAUAUUGAUUGAAAAGCGGAUGUGGAAUAAAGAUGAAGAGAGCUAAUAGGGAGUAUUAUAUAGUUAUAGACAUUAUAUAGGAAAAGAGCAGUAAAAAAUAUGUAUUAUUUGAGUACAAUGUUUAUCAUUAAUUUUUAUCUUUUUCUUUUUUAUGCUUUGUUUAAAUACCAGUCGCGGAAAUGUGCUCCUAUGUUAUGAUUUUAUGAAAGUAACUUACUGCGAUGUAUGGUGUAAUAUAUGUCUUAUACAUCUUCUAAUUGAGGUGUACAAGUGUAAAUUUGAAGAGGAAGGUUUGUGGAGAGAGCAUUAAUAGUUUGGAUAUUAUGAACUUAUGAUACAAAUAAGUUUGCAAAUUUUCUGCGGAGAGAUAUAUAUGAUGAUUCCAUCAAAAGUAAAAACCAAGAAACUAAGACUAUUUGGCCAUAAAAAAUUGUUAUAUUCAAUUUUUUCGAAAGCAGAAGUGUUAUGGGGCUAAAUUUUCUAGUGCUUAUAAUACAUUCACGGGGGCAUCCAAAUAUAUCAAAAUUGUAAAGAACCCCUAUCCACCCAAUUUUCAACAUUUCCCAAAACUUUGUAUUACCUUUAAGGGAAGUCUCACUGUUGUUUGCACAGAUUCAGAAAGUUUUGAAAGGGUGAAGCUGCCUGGCACACAGUUUGCGAAGAAGUGCAAUAGAGUUCCAGUGGUGCACUUUGUCGUUCUUUACACUUAAAAAUGGCCGAGUUAUUUCGGUAGUCUCACGUUAAAAGAAAGUGUGGAUGCAUUCCUUGUGGAUUCCUUUUGAGACACAUGUAUCACAGGCAUUCAUAACUGACCCCAAGAAUAGUUCAUCAGCUCACAUCCAUCAACCAUUGUAUGAAAAUAAUAUUGCAAGAAUCUGUAAUAGCUCAGUUGAUAUAUGUUGCUAUGUCAGACAGUCCUCUUUAUUUUCACAGAGGCCAGUCUGUUGGCAUAUUUGUGGCUCAUUUAUGUGAGUACUUGGUGUACAAGAAGAGAAAGAAAUGUCUUCAUGACCAUGUUAUUGAACACGUACAACAUAGCACUGCUUUCAACUUUUCUUACGACUGAAAGGCGAUGUUGGGUUGUCCUCUGAUUCCCCAUACUGGAUAUAAAUGUUGCUACAAGUGUUAUUGUAAACAACCAUCUUCAUGUUUUAUUAAAUAAUGAGAGAGAGAGAAGUUUAUACUUUUGUGUCAAAACUCAAAACUACGUCGCAAUUUUCAGGAUUAUUAAACAAGUUAUUCACUAACGACAAGUUGAAGUAUGAAUGAAUUUGUCAUGCUCUACGUUGUAAGCAAGUUAGAUAAUUAUUUUUGUAACAUCUUUUAUACAAUUGUUAUUGUUUACUCUAGCCAUUUCGUUGAGCAUCUUAAAUGGCAUUUACCAGUUUUGCUCUCUUGGAAACCAAAAGAAUAGUGGACUGUGGAGUCAUUCAAGGAACCGGUCCUAGUGGAAGAAAGUUAAUAUUUUUGUUUUUCUGUUUUAUCUUUUAUUUUCAGUUUUAAUCAGUUUUAUUUCAUUUCAUUUUGAUAUUACCCAUGUGAAGAAAGUGCCUAGAAUUCUAAAUUGUUGGUAUUGUAUGCCUAUGAUCAUUAAAACAAACAAAUCUCGUAAUCAAAGACCCCAUUUGAAUUAAAAGAAAGAGAGAGUGAUCAGAUGCAUUCUCAUUAAUGCGAUCGUGAAAUUUAAGCGCCGUCAUAUCAUUUCUGUCUGCCGGAAGACAGUGAUGGCAAAACGAAAGGGUGAACCCCUGGCGCACCUGUUUGGGGGCGCUGUACAAGAAAUAGUGUGAUGUAGUGUGUGCACUGUCUUUUGUAACAAGGACUGUCGUUCAUACGGGAUUGCCUUCGCCCCCUGAAAAGGGUAGGACUGGUUUGCUUUCAUGUCUAAAACCAAGUAGGAGUUUUUAGUGACAUUAGGACAGGUUGCUGAAGAAUUGGGAGUGUCGUUGCUAAAAGACCUCUCUGAAAAGGAGUCUUUGGUUAGAUUGUGUGUAAGCAACACAUGCUUGCUGUGCCCACCGGUGCACAAUCUAGCACCCACCGGGGCACAAUCUAGCACCCACCGGAGCACAAUCUAGCACCUACUGGUGCACAAUCGAGCGCCAUUGCUGUUGCUAUGAUCUACUCUUGUUGUAAUGAGAAUGUGGAGUCCAAGAAAGAGAGCGUCUUUAUUGGUGCAGAUAGGAUAAGAAGUGAAAUUAAAGUGGUGGGGGUCCUAACAGUAUCCCACUCAGAAUCUCAGAUUUAUUUGAUUAAGCAGUUCCUAUUUUGAUGUGUUUUUUUGUUGUUUUAAUUCAACCUGUAGUAUUCUCAUUGAAAUUUUGAUCAGUCUGGACUAUUUUGUUAUCAGUUGAAUAUUACUGGAUUACUUUUUUAACUUAAAUUUAAGGAAAUUUUGGCUGAUUCUUUCUUUGAAUGCAUGGCUGUGUGUUUUUGUAUUUUUUUCCCCAUCUUCCUGUCAAAUGUUUGAAACUUUCAUGAAAUGGUAUCUACCAAAGUGUAUUAUACAAUCUGUAACAUAUAUUAUUUCCACCCUGUGUGAAAAUGUAUAGCUAAAGAAGAGAUUAUGUAUUGCUAUGUACAUAUGAAAAUUGGAAUAGAAUUCGGUAGUUCACUUCUCUAAUGUAGCCUGUAUGUAGAUAUAUUAUUAUGUAUAUUUGUUUAACACUCAUUUAAUGUGAUUACGUCCAAAUUUAUGUUGCCAAUAUGAUAGAGAGUUCUUUUUUCGUUGUAUUUUUUCCAGAUAUUUUUGGUAUCUUUUCUGAUUGAUUGAAAUGUCAGAUAGAUAAGCAAAGGAAAUGCGCUUACAUGUAUUUGUUGUAAUUCUUAUUUGAUGAUUCAGUAAAAUCGUUAUGACUAAACACACUUAAAA